UCCGGGGUGCGGCGUGCAUGUGUGGGGGUUGGGGGGGCCCCUCCGGCGCCCCCUUUUUAUGCUCCCUCCCGCUGCCCGAAUGCCGGGACUGCUCUGAAGCGCGCGCCAUGGGAGACCACCUGAAGUCGGGCUUCGAGGAGGUGGACGGCGUGCGCCUGGGUUACCUGGUGAUCCGGGGCAAGCAGAUGUUCGCGCUGUCGCAGGUCUUCACGGAUCUGCUGAAGAACAUCCCUCGGACGACGGUGCACAAGCGCAUGGACCACCUCAACGUGCAGAAGCACCACUGCGACCUGCAGGAGCUGCGCAAGCUCAAAGCCAUCAACUCCAUCGCCUUCCACGCCGCCAAAUGCACCCUCAUCUCCCGCGAGGACGUCGAGGCGCUCUACACGUCGUGCAAAACCGAGAGGGUGCUCAGGACCAAGCGCAAGGGGGCCGCAGCUGUCCAAGAAGCCCCCGGGCCGGACCCUUACGCGGCCUUCUGGAAAGGAGGCGGUAAACUUUGGCUGGGUUUGAAUGGAGCAGCCGCGCCUUUCGCCAGCAGCGGCGGCGGCAGUAGCGGCCGCCGAAGGAAAGCGUGGUGCGCGGCAGCGGAGGCGGCGGCGGCGGCGGCGGCGGCAUCGGGCGCUUUCCUACCGGCUUCGGAUCUACCUCACUUUUGGAGCAAAUCGCCCGCGCCCAGCGCGCCGGGACUGGCGCGAUCCCCUUGCAAAGGGUCGCCAAACUAUGAAACUGCGCCGCUUGCGCCGCGCUACGUAUCGCUGGCUUCGGAGGCGCCUUGCUUUCGGAGCCUGCUCUGCUCCAAGCACCCGCACUACUACUACCACUCCUCGGCCGCCAUUGCCAGCCAACCCAAGCUCGCCGCCGCCGCCGCUGCAGCCGCUGCCGCAGCAGCCGCUGCCGCCACGUCGGAGAGCGGCCCGUUGGCUCUGGGUUGCCGCUCCAAGAGGAAGAAAGCCGCCGAGGGGCGCUUCCAGCCGCCGCCGGACUGCGGGCGGCGCCUGCUGCUGGUGCCCCGCGCUGGCAAGCUCCCCAAAACCACCUCGUCGGAGAGGCUGCCGGGCUUGAACGGCUUCCUGGCGCCGGCGCCGCCCCAGCAGCCUUUCCCGGACACCUCCUACAGCAGCGACUCCGACUCCAGCUCCUAUUCGGACCACGCGGCCAACGACUCCGAUUUCUGCUCCAGUUUGACCACCAGCAGCAAUUCGGGGUCUUCGGAUGACGAGGAGGGCAGCUGCGCCUCGGAUUCCAGCGAGCUGAGCUCCGAGGAGGAGGAAGACGAGGAGGAGGAAGACGAGGAGGAGGAAGAGGAAGAAGAAGAAGAGAGCAGCUCCGAAUCGGACUCCAGCUCCGGUUCCAGCCAAGCAUCAGUGCAGAGCAUCCGCUUCAGGCGCACCAGCUUCUGCAAGCCGCCCAGUCUGGUGGGGGUUUCGGCCAGUCUUUUGCCUCCAAUGCCCGCUUCGGCUGGACUGAACGAGAGCCUCCCUGGACCCGCGCGGAGCAUCAAAGCUGAGGCGCCCGAGGAGGACUGGGGCAUCACCCCCGUUGGCUGGGUUCCCAAAACCGAGCCUGGUGUGGAUUGUCACUGCUUUGGGGAGCUGAGCCAGGUCCGAAGGGGCGGCGGGUGUUCCUCUCCCUCGCCCGACGUGAAAGCUCCAGACCUGAAAGCAGCCCCCUGCGUGGCCAGGGGGUGCCCUUCACCCAGCGCAAAGAAGCCCCACGCUUUGCCACAGCCAAGGUUCCUUCGAGACGCGGGGAGAGGCUGGCCCACCCGCACUCCUCCUCCUCCUCCUCCUCUUCACCCCGCUCCUGCAGAGAGCCCUACUGCUGCUCUUGGGGUGCCCCCAGAAGCCACCCAGCCCCAUCGCCCAUUGACUCCCUGCCUGGGCUGUUCCUCCUCCCAAAGCCAGCCCGAGGUGCUUGCUGCUGCUGCUGCUGCUGCUGCUGCUGCUGCUGCUGCUGCUGAAUACCCCGAGCCGCUGUCCCUUGUGCCCAUUGCCCAGAUUAAAGUCGAGGACAGCACUGCCAACGCCGAGUAUGGUGCCCUCCCCGUUCAGGGACAGAGCCAGCCCCCGCUCAAAUGUGAAGGCAGCGAUGACGAGCACAAGCUGGAGGCAGACGGCGAACCGGUGCCAUCGCCGUCUCCGCCACUCAGCCCGACCCUCCAGCCUCAGGAACUUCUGCUGCCAGCCAAGAAAGACCCCGCCUGCUGCACUGACGAGCCCCCCAGCCCUCCGCUGAGCCCCCCGGGCCAGCCAGCCCCGUCAAGGCAGGCCCUCGCCUCCUGCACUUUAGGCGCCGCCGCCGCUGCCAAACCCGAGGAUGGGGAGUACAAAUUUGGAGCCCGGGUGAGGAAAAACUACCGGACUUUGGUGUUGGGUAAACGAGCCCUGCUGCCCAGCCCGGCGCCGCUCAAACCAAAUUUGAAAUCCGUCCGGAGCCCCCGCCUGCCCGCCGGGAAGCUCCUGGACGCCCCCGAGGGCGCCCUGGACGACUUGACAGUUCUCAGCCGGCGCAAAAGGGCGGCCGGCCACGUCGCCUCGGCCGUCAAGAGGCCCUUCAGCUUCAUGGGCAACUUUCCCUGCCCGCCCUCCUUGGUGGUGGGCCUCGACGGGGAUCUGCUGCCAGCCUACACCUUAAACACCGCCAAGGAUGCGCAGCCGCCUCCCAAGGCCCAUCCUGUCUGGAAAUGGCAGCUGGGCGGCUCAGCAAUACCUCUUCCACCCAGCCACAAAUUCAGGAAAUUUCACUCAUGAGAGAGAGAUUGAAUGGGAACCCUACUUCAUGGUUAUUGUUGUUGUUGUUGCUGUUGUGCUGUUGGUCUUUUUUUCCUUUUUGGGGGGGACCCCAACUACUUCUUUUCCUGACCUUCGAGAAUCUUACGCUGGAUGCUAGUCCCGCCCCUCGUCACAUCCGAUUUGAUUUUGAUUUUUUUUUUUAUGGUGUGGGGGAAUCCUGGUUUAGCCUAUUCUAUUUUUGGAGGACGACGAAAAUAAAACCGGAUUACUAUUUUCUUUGCCAUGAAAACCCAUCGUGGGGGGAAGGGAGGGGGGACGAGGAGGACGACGAAAGAGGUCUAACAUUCCACAGACUACUUCAGGCGAAAGUUUUCCAAGUUUAUUAAAAACACACACACCACACAACAAACAAAAAGCCACCUCAGUGGAAAUCUGCUAAAGCUGGAACACUUUACUGUCUCAAAAUGCUAGUAAUGCACCUGGUACCUCAAUUCCAACUGCUACAAAUAAAUGUUUGUUUUUUGUUUUUUUAAGAUGAAUUUUAACCAUUUGAAUGAGCCAUUAACGUGUAAAUGCACUAGAUUUCGAAUUCAGGAAGUCUAAAUGUUCAGUUCCGUACAAGGUUUUUUGUUUCAUUUUGUUUUCAGCGAGAGGUUGCACAGGGAGAAUUCACUAUCCUUCUGCUGGGAAUGCCUUCUACUUUAUUGCAGAGGGUUCAUUGUUAAAUUUUAAUUACCCGCCUGUCCUUUCCACAAAAGCAGUUGCACUGUGCAGUUGGGAGUGUGCGUGUGUCUCCAGGUCACCAGUGGGAGAGUUGGAAUUAGAUGGUCAGGCAUUUUUUUUAGGAAGAAAAAAAAGAGAGACUAAAAAAGGACAUGCCACUCUUUGCCUUCUUGUUUCACCUUGAACCCUUCAGGUUGGCCAUGAUUGCCUAUCUCAGCUACAAUACUCAACCCAGCCAAACCAGUGUACAUUUGCUUGGAAGCCACUCCACCCUACGUUAAAUGGGAUUUGCCCCCAAGUAAAUUUUACUCUCAAGGAGGGGGCCUUCCAAUCAUUAGGUUUUGUUGUGGGACUGGGCUGGAGCUCUGCUUCUGUUGGAAGGUUUGCAGGUGUGUGUGGGGGGAUGUUUUCAAAAUCUGGUCCUCCCAGAUUUGCAAAGUCAGGAAAAAAUGUUAGGUUCUCACACUCCCAUUGGAGGGAAUCGGAAGGAAAUGCAGUCACAUUCAGCAUGCUAAGUGCAACAGAGGCCCCAGUGGAAGGGAUAUUAUCAAUGAAGAACCCCAUACUCUUGGUGGCUACUUUGGCACCAAAACUCAGGCUUUUUAAACCAGGACUUGUCACUGUUUUCUUUACAUCUCUGGAAA